AUGGCCGCCAGCUCGAUCCGCUUCGGGCCAGGCUGCACAAAAGAGGUGGGCAUGGACUUCAAAAACAUGGGCGCCAAGCGGGUCUGCGUCGUCACAGACGGCAAUGUUUCGAAGCUGAACGCAAUGAAGCAAGUUAUUGAAGGGUUGAACAAGGAGGGAAUUGAGUUCACCGUAUACGACAAGUGUCGGGUCGAGCCCAAGGAUAGCUCAGUCAAGGAUGCUAUUGCUUUUGCCAAACCAUAUCAACCAGAUGCUUUUCUAGCUGUGGGAGGGGGUUCGGUCAUUGACACGGCGAAAUUGAUGAACCUAUACACUUGCUUCCCGGAUGCGGACUUCCUGGAUUUUGUCAAUGCUCCCCUCGGCAAGGGAUUGCCAAUCACGAAGCCGCUCAAGCCGCUUGUGGCUGUCCCAACCACGGCAGGCACAGGAUCAGAGACGACAGGAACAGCUAUCUUCGAUCUAGUUGAGAAGCGGGCCAAGACCGGCAUCGCCCACCGAAACCUCAAACCAACCCUAGGCAUUUGCGAUCCCCUCAAUACUCGCACUAUGCCGUCCGCUGUUCAUGCUUCCUCUGGUCUGGAUGUGCUUUGCCACUCACUGGAGUCCUGGACCGCUAUUCCCUACCACGAGAGAACGCCGAGACCCACGAAUCCAAUCAACCGCCCUGCCUAUCAGGGCGCGAAUCCUAUUUCGGAUAUAUUCUCGUUGACCGCGCUGAGAUCGACAGUCAAAUACUUGCCUCGAGCUGUUAAAGACCCCGAGGACCACGAAGCUCAAAGCCAAAUGCUUCUUGCGGCGACUUUGGCUGGUGUCGGCUUCGGCAAUGCUGGUGUCCAUCUGUGCCACGGCAUGAGUUAUCCGAUCAGUGGUCAGAACCCGGGCUACAAACAUGCUGGCUACGUGGUUGAGACACCUAUCAUUCCCCACGGCGUCAGUGUUGCUGUCACUGCCCCUGCUGUGUUCAAGUUUACCGGUCCAAGCAAUCCGGAGCGACACCUGGCAGCGGCAGAGGUGUUUGGCAAAGAUAUCUCCAACGUCAAGAAAGAAAGCGCUGGCGAGGUUCUGAGUGAAGCAUUGGCAGAGUUCCUCAUCGGCUUAGGAGACCAGCCACGCGGCUUGAAGCCACUGGGUUUCACCCGUGAGAGCAUUGACGAUUUGGUAGAGGGAACAUUGCCUCAGAGGAGAGUCCUCAUGUUGGCGCCCAAAUUGAGCGCGGAAGUGAAUGAGGAAAGAGAGCAAUUGAGAGGCCUGUUCGAAGAGGCACUCGAGUAUUGA